AUGAGUACAAUUCACACAGCAAAAGCAAACAAAGAAAAGGAGAAGCAAAGUGUGACAGCUAAGAAUUCAGGUUCUUUUAGUUCCUUCAAGAGAUGGGGCAGGAAAAGCCCCUUUCUGAGAUAUGGCCUUCCAAUGAUAUCUCUUACUAUUCUUGGUGCUCUUGGCCUUGGUCAUCUCUUGCAAGGCAGCAAGGAUAUUGCAAAGGUGAAGGAUGAUCAGGAAUGGGAAAUAACUGAAGCAAGAAAAGCAUUGUCUAGACUUGGACCAGUAGAUGCAUACAAUCCAAAAACCAUCUCAUUGGAGGAUGAGCUCAAGGCCUUGCAACAAAAGGUGAACAUUGACGAUUAUGAGUACAAGAAAAUUCCUAAACCAAAUGAGGGCAAGUGAGAUUAGAUUAUAGCUGUGAACUUCAAACAACUUCCAAACUUCUCUUAUAUCAAGCACAGAACUAAUUUUAUGGGGUCAAAGAGUCGGUUCUUACAUACAAGUAGGGAAGCUGUUAUUGCCACUUAUUGUGUUUUGACUAUGGAAGAUAAAGUUGAGAUUUAAUU